UGGUGCUUUCUUGCUGCUUUGGGCACGCACACCUGGAAUGCAGCCGCCCCUAUGGGAGGGCCACCUGCCCUUUUAGUUUGGGAGCAGCCGUUUGAGCUGGAGCGGGGCGCAGAUAGGGGCUGGUCUUCUCCCUGUCUUAUUCAGGGGCGCCGAGAGUAGCCGCCGGGUUCUGCUCUUCUGUCUGUCCCUGCGCCCGUUUCCUCCCCGCUGCCUCUGUCCGGAUAGAGCAGAGGCUCCGCUGCCGCGGGGCAGGCUCCAUUCGCGGCCCCGCCGGCUCCUUCUUGUUCCCCGGGGCCGGACGGAAGGCGGAGAAGAGCCUCCCAUGCGUGGCGCGGGGCGGUGGAGCCGCUAUAAAGACUUGGGGCAAUGCUGAGGCGGGACCGGGUCAUGGCUAACAGCUCGCAGUGCCUGGAGGAGGGCGCCGGGCGCUGGCCGCCGGAGCCGCCCGGGCCCUACAGCGAGGCGCAUCGGCUGGCGCUGGAGGAGCUGGUGGCGGGCGGCGCCGAGGCGCUGCGAGCCUUCCUGCGGCGGGAGCAGCUGCCGCCCUUCCUCUCGGAGCCCGAGGUGCAGGCCAUCGCCCGGGGCGCGCUGCCGCCCGCCGCCGGCCCGGAGCCAGAGACCUCGCUCGGCGCUUCCCUCGACGCCUCCUCGCUCACCUACUUCCCCGAGCUGUCGGACCUGGAGCCGCCGGCGCUGGAGCUGGGCUGGCCGGGCUUCGCCAGCGGCGCCUUCCGCGGGCUGACGCGGGUGGAGGCGCAUUUCCAGCCGGCCUACGGGGCCAGCGAUUGCGGCUGCAAGGAGGCGGUGCGGCGGCAGAUCCGCUCCGCCCGGCAGAUGAUUGCCCUGGUUAUGGAUUCCUUCACGGAUACUGAUAUCUUCAAGGACCUCUUGGAGGCUUGCAGCCAGCGGCAAGUUAAAGUAUAUAUCCUCCUAGAUCAGUCUUUAUUUUCCCACUUUCUGAAAAUGUGCAAGGAUCUGGGAGUUGACUUGGAAGAGGAGAAGCUGAUGAGAGUUCGAAACAUCACAGGGAACAUUUACUACACCAGGUCAGGUGCCAAAAUUAUUGGAAAAGUCUGUGAGAAGUUCAUGUUAGUGGAUGGCAUCAGAGUGACAACAGGCUCCUACAGUUUCACCUGGACAGAUGGGAAGCUGAACAGUAAUAACAUUUUGAUCCUAUCAGGCCCUGCAGUUGCACAUUUUGACCUGGAAUUCCGCCUUCUUUAUGCACGGUCUAAGCCUAUUGACCUCGGAGAGUUCUCCAUCUGCAAGAAGAGCAAGGUGUUGGACCAGCUGGUCAGGAUAACAGUGGAUUCCAGAGACAUGACCAGGGAAAACUUCCUGAGAAUGGAGUUUUUGUAUCUUAGAGCGUUUGUAGGAAACCUGAAGCAGAAGCGAAGCUGGCUGCAUGCCUCGAGAGAGGCAGUCUGUGUGCCAGUCAACACCAUGCACACCUCUCCUCCACUGACUAAGAGGAAUGGCUCUCUAGUCAUGAGGCCACACUGGAUCGGGGAGAGAUGAACUGCCAGGAGCAGAACCUCAGCAACUGUGUCCACCCAUCCACAUCCAGCACUGCCUUACUGUGUGAGCGCAGCUGGGAAACAAACCUCCAAAUGAGAGAAAGCGAUACUGGAGUGGUGGCUUUGUGUGAAGACUGUGGUAGUGCACAUGAGCAGAUUCGGUUAUGGUGGUGUCUUGGCCUCUGAUGUGAGCCUCUAACACCUGGAAAGCCAACACUGACUUCUAGUAUUCCAUCAGAUUUCCAUUUUUCAACCUAUUCUUACAUGUUCUAAGCUGAUGGGGUAGCAGUGUCUUAGUUCAGUGGCUCAAACCUUUUUCUUUAGCAAACCUAGGUCUAGAAAAUAAUUCUGCUUAAAAGUCUUCCAAAGAUGACUCUUUGCAUUGCUCCAAAAUCAGCCUAAGCUUAGUGUUGUGUUGCACAAACUCUCCACAAACCAUUUCAUGACACAGAACUGCAGUAACCAUGAUGUGGAAGCUAGUAAAUCAGUACCAUGCUGCUAGUCCUCAAAUGCCACAUCUUCACGAAGCUGUGCUGCUAGGCAGAUGGAGCUGGCAUCAGGUGAACAAGGCUUUUGCAAUGACUAGAUUUCAAAUGACUUUUCUUUCUGGUUUAUAAGAAUACUUGGGUCGUUGGACAUCACACAAUAAACAAUUGCAAGGAAAAGAUUCCUCAGACCCUGCUGUGCCCCUGCUGUGUUUGUCGUAGAGCCAAACAAAACCAUUUUCUUGACAUUAAUAUAUGUAGUUUGGGGCUUCUUUAAGGUUGCUCCUGCUGUCUGAUCUUGGGUGAAAAAUGGAAUAGAUCUGAAAUCUGUGAAGCUGUUGCAGCUUCUCCAAAGCCUUGCUUUCACCAGACAGGCAGCGACAGGCAAGUCAGAAACAAUCAAUUUUUAAGGUUUGAAUUUAGAACUCCCACCCAUCUCUGGAGAAAACAAAAAACCCACAAAUGAAUAAACAUCCUCCCAACAGCUGUUCACUAAGACACUGAAAUUCCAGCAGCCAGUACAGAAACUCAUGUUAAUCCAACCAUGGCAGCUGUGGCUAAAGCAAAGGGAGAGUAUUUCUCAUGUUGUUCUUGAGGCUCUUGCUACUGUAACAAACUUGGGCUUGUCCCCUGCAGGGUCUGGGCUUCAAAGGCGAAGAUUGAAACCUAGAAGUGGAAUUUCAUGUGGAUCUGUGCUAAACAUCAACAAAACAACAUGAAAUUUGGCGUGUGGAGCUUACAGGCGUAGCUUGAAUUUACUGAUGAGAGUCUGUACUCCUAGGCUUAAGAGUUAUAGAAAUGGACUACUUCUGCUUCUCCUCAGCUGUGAGUGUUCAUUAGUUUACAGACACAUAAUCUUCUUCCAUCCAGAUGUGAAGAAGUUUGAAAUACACAUUUUUGUUAACUAUAUUUUCCAUAAACACAAAUCACACACAAGGCUAUACCCUGUGCACAGCAUUGUUUGUGCAGUAUUAUCCUCACACUACUUCCCUGUAUAUGUUUCCUCAAACAGAAAUGUUUAACUCUAUUCUUCAUCUCAUUUCUUUAACAGGUCACUCUUUCUACGUAGGGCUUUUUGUCAAGCUAGUAACAAAGUAUUGUGGUAAGAGUUGUAUUUAUUUUUGAUAGAAUGGACUUAACUUGAAAAGUGCCUGGAAAUAAAUAACUAGAAUUCGAAUUAUAACUGAAUUAUAACUUUAAUUGUAACUGAAUAACCUCUUGCUCACAUGGUUUCCUACAGACUGAGCUUGAAGAGUGGCCAUGGAGAUACAGCACUCUGUGAAUCACCAGUCACACUGUGUGCCAAGCCAUUAAUGAACAGGAAUGAUGAAGAUUAUAAAAGGGGGUUAUAUUUUUCUCUGGUAGCAUGAGUUUUUGACAGUAUGACUCAAGUUAGUAGAAGCUAUUUAUCCCAUCUUGUACUUAACUCAGAGUCCACGUUAAAUUUGAUUCAGCAAGAACUUUCAUGGGCUACGAUGAGCCUGUGAUAGGCCACAGCUGGGUCUCAGAACAGAUACAAUGAAAGUUAAAAGUCCUUCACUGCUUGGUGUAAAGUGCAACGGCUG